UGUACAGAGAGCAGUGUGCGGGCACGGAACAGCGGUGGUGUACUUUGUUUGGACUCAAGUGCUACAGUAGUGGGGCGAAAUGGAGGGAGAGAAGUCAAUGCAACGUGCGGGAGACGCCGAUUAGAAAUGAUCUAAAUCUGGAUAGCUGGGUAGAUUUGCCGGUGGCGUCGCAUGGGCCAUGUGAUCUGCAAAAGCUUGUUAAGUUACACAUUGCAUCUGAAAAUGACUUCUCCUUAUUUUAUCCAAAAGAGUUGCGCUGUUACUUUGGCCGGUACCAGGGCUAAAUCGAUCAAAACGAGAGGUGUGACCCUAUCUGGUUUAAAGACCCGCAUGGCGAAGCAACAGAAUUUGACAGAGUCGACUGUGCACGUGAAGGAGGAGAAUGAGGACCUCGGGAUUUCCGAAUUUGAGAGGAACAGUCAGGACUCUGCUUCUCCAGUUCAGCCUAUAGUCCGUCCCAGGAGACAGUGUCAGCGCGAGGUGCCCCCGACCAUCGAAACAAAGACCGAGGGUGGGGAGCAGGAGCCCCCCCGCGCCCCGCGCCGGAGAGCGCACCUGAAGGCGGAGUACGAGGAGGCGGGGCUAAAGACAGAGCGCUGGGAGCCUCCUGAUUGGAGGAGGCAGCUGGACCAUAUCCGCGAGAUGAGGAAGGCCAGGGACGCACCGGUGGACCACUUGGGGGCAGCAAAGUGCUUUGAUCCCCACGCUCCUCCUGAGGUGAUGCGGUACCAGGUCUUGGUAUCUCUCAUGCUCUCCAGUCAGACCAAGGAUCAGAUCACCGCGGCCGCCAUGGAGAAGCUCCGCAAACAUGGACUCACAGUUCAGAGCAUCCUCAAUACUGAGGACCACAAGCUGGGGGAGCUUAUCUACCCUGUGGGCUUCUGGAAGACCAAAGUGAAAUACAUCAAGCAGACCACAGCCGUCCUGCAGAGGGAGUACGGGGGUGACAUCCCGGACAGCGUGGCCGGGCUGGUCAGUCUUCCUGGGGUGGGACCCAAGAUGGCUCACCUGGCCAUGAGCAUCGCCUGGAAGCAGGUGUCUGGAAUCGGGGUGGACACACACGUGCACCGUAUUGCAAACAGGUUGGGCUGGACGAGGACCAAAACCAAGAAUCCGGAGGAAACUCGUCGGGCUUUGGAGGAGUGGUUGCCAAGGGAUCUGUGGAGCGAGAUCAACUGGCUGCUGGUGGGUUUCGGCCAGCAGCUGUGCCUCCCCACGGGUCCCAUGUGCUCCCUCUGCCUGGCACAGCACCGCUGCCCCUCAGCCCACCGUGUGUCCCCGGCAAAGAGGCCCAAAGCGGGGUCCCCCCGCUCCCCCAAAUCCCUCAGCCACCACAGAGCAAGCUUUCCGCAGCCUCCCAACGCCCUGGGCUCUCUCAGCCCGCCCACACCGUCGCGCGGCGUCAAGGAGGAGCCGCCCCCGUCCCCCACCACUGACACCCCGAGAAAGAGGACCAGAGGCGCUACCCGAAAACACCGCGAGGAGAACAGCGCCAGCAAGCCGGCUCAGAGUUGACCCCUUCCGCACUCCAGGUUAUACAGCGUGGCCUGCUUUGCUGCUCCUCUUCAGUUCACAGUUCAUAGUUCACUGGACUCCGUUCAGUUAAUAGUUCAGAGGUCACAGUUCAUAGUUUAGUGUGGAGAGUCAAGAAAGGGUCACAGACAGUGGCCAAAUACCGCCGUGUCCUUUCAAAACUUCAGGAUGAAGUACAUUUUUCUUUCUUUUUCUUUUUUACAGCAAUAAUAAUACUCCAUGAUACAUCAUAAAUCAUAAUACAUCUUCUGGCUUUACUGUGCCAGCUUUGUUUUUCCUAUCACAUUGAGAAAGGCCUGUUUUCAGUAUUAACCAAUCACCUUGUGCCUUUACUGGUACAUCCUGCCAGUCACAUUCACGUCACAUCAAUGGCCUUGAGGUGAAUAGUCUCAGAAAUGACUGUACCCACCGGAAAGUCCAGCUUCAAAGUAGCCAAAGCUAUUUCAUCAGUUAAUGAAUCUGAAAAUAUUACCGUAAACCCUGUGUGGAUGAAUAAAAUAAUGUUCUGUAUGCGUACUGUUAGAUUUAAAACAAAACACUAAGACUGAACUGUACUUUAUUGACAUAUGGGGGAAUGUCCAAAAAUCAAUUCACCAUUGUAAAAUAAGCCGUUUUAUAAUAAAAUCAAAAAUGUUAUAGUAAAGGUAUCACUUUUGUUUCUUUAAAAAAUUAAUAGAUUUUUACUUACUUCAGGAAUCAGACUUUUUUAAAGUUCUCUCAAAAGUGAGAUUGGCACAGUAUCGCAUGCAUUGUGUAUCCUGACAUCACUAUACACUUUAUGACCAAAAGUAUCUGGACACCCCUUCGUCUGGGGCUGCUUUUUAUGGUUUGGACUCAGCCCCUUAGUUCUGGUGAAAGCAAAUUUACAGCAUACAACCACAUUCUAGAUGAUUCUGCACUUCCUUAACAGUUUGAGGCAGGCCCUUUCCUGUUUCAGUAUGACAAUGCCUCCAGGUACUGACCCUGACCUCAACCCCAUCCAACAAUUUUGGGUUCAGUUGGAAAGCCAACUACGAGCCAGGCCAAAUUACUCAAUCAGUGCCCGACCUCACUAAUGCUCUUCUGGCUGAAUGGAAGCAAAUCCCUGCAGCAAUGCUCCAAAAUCUAUUAUAAAGCCUUCCUAGAACAAUGGAGGCUGUUAUAGCAGCACAGGAUGGACCAACUUCAUAAUAAUGCCCAUAAUUUCGGAUGAGAUGCUGAAUAUCAGAUGUCCACAUACUUUUGGCUAUAUAGUGUAUGUGUAGUUCGAUUCCUUUUCUGAAUAGAGUGAAUGAAUGGGAGAGUAGUGUAGCGUAACCUUAUGUAAGGUGUUAAUCGGAAUAGUGGCAAUAAACCUGU